AUGCCAGCGGAAAAGCCUUUAAAAAGGGUUGACCUUGUAACAUUGAACGUACUCGAUGCACUUGGCUGGACUGGAGUGGUUAGAAGUCUGAAAGAAAGUGCUUUCAAUAUCCGGGUUCAUCGAAUAUUUACGGAUACAGGCACAAUAAUGUCUAUUAACCCCGCGCCCACCGGGUUGGCAAUACGAGGGACGGGAUUACAACGUAUGCCCGUUGCCACAAUACAGGGUACUUCGAUAUCAAAAAGGUACGGAAUCACAAUGUACAUUGGCAAGAUCCUACGUAUGCCAAUCCCGAAUCCCGACUGCAAACUCUCUUUAUAUACGUUCGAUGGCCCCAAACAUUCUAUACCUGUUAAACUGGACAGAAUACGUAAGUUAAGGGUUGGCGCUGCACAAUUAGACCUUGGUCUCUGUUAUCAGCGAGGCGUAGGUACGGACAGACACAUCCAGAAAGCGGUUGAUCAAGGGACCGAAGAAGAUGCAACUGGCAUUAGGGAGUCUGGAGAGAUUGAUUUAUUGUUUCAAUGGAAGAACUAG